GAGCGUAGCAGUACAUUUCAUCGGAUUUCACGACUGGACCAAACAAAUAAACAUUGCUGGUAUAGGUAUCGACUCAGAACAUUAACUUGAGGACAGAGAGUAAGUUAAACUUUACCUACUUACAUUUUAUCUCAUUCUCGUGUUUACUUCCCAGUGGUGUGUAAUGGCAUCUUUUAAGGCAGAACAUCUGUCAACCCCUGAAUUGGAUUACGAGUUGAAAAUUCGUCAGUUAGCUGAUCCAUCGCUAACUACUGAUAGGGCUAAAGUGAUCGUUUUGACAGGUGCGUUAAAGCAAGCUUCAGCAAAUCGGAGUCAUGCUGUUCUGUCAGCUUUCCAACUAAAUUUUAGUGAUGAGGUCCGUGAAAUAGAAGCUACCCUUGCAGAUUUGAAGACCCAAAUUAGCUCUUUUGUUGGCUCCCAUAGUGAUGUUUUAUAUGGUCGCUUGACUUCCCGUUUAGGUCAUGUUUCAGGUAGGGUUCAUUUGUUAGAGUCAGUAACCGAGGAAGAGGAUGCCAUCAAGAAGUCUCUUAACUUCAAGAUACUUAAUCUGGAAGGAGAACUUGAGUUUAAAGUAACUCCACAGGCUCACUCCACUCCUCAUAACCCUAGUGUUUCGGUUAAUUCAUUUCCUUUCUUUAAGUCAGCUCCAAUUCAUAAAUGGGGUGUACAUUUUUCUGGUGGUUCGAAUGAAAAUGUUGUUAGUUUCUUAGAGAAAAUAGAAUGUCUGCGUCUAGCGCGUGGGAACAGUGAAGAUGAGUGCUUUUCAUCAGCAGGUGAUCUUUUUAAGGAUUCAGCCUUUACUUGGUACCUCAAUAAUCGAGGUAGUUUUACUUCAUGGCAAGAGUUAGUUGCCAAACUUAAGUCUGAUUUUCUUCCUUACAACUAUGAAGACAACUUAUUAGACGAAAUUAAAUCCCGGAAACAAGCUCCCCAGGAGAAAGUCACCAUCUUCAUCAAUGAAGUUGUCAGUUUGUGUAAACGUUUGGAAGUCCCUCUUUCUGAGUCCCAUAUAGUGAGAAUCAUUAAGAAAAAUUUGUUGCCGUCUUAUCAUCCUAGUCUGGCACUCACUGACAUUCUCUCGAUUGCUGAUCUUACAGAAAAAUGUAAGAGGUUAGAAGAAGUUUUGUCGUGGUCUUCUGAACCUAUAUCUAGUGUCCCAAGUCGGUCAAAUUUCAGAAAUCAGGAAUCUUCCUAUUCUGGUAGGCCAAAUUUAUUCCCGGUCUGGUAA